AUGGACUGUGGAUUAUGUAGUGUGUACGUAUCGUGCCGGCAAAAUUUCUGCCAUGCCGGCGUAAAACCGGGGGACGACGGUUUGACGGGUUAUUUUCUCAUUUGUCGCUUGCCCGGGUCCCCCUCUGCUGGGACGUGUGUCGAUAGCGGACGUGGCCGUAGGUGUUCUCAAGCUGCCUACCCAAGUCGAUGUGCCGAUCUUGGUCGUCCUAUUGCAGUCAUUUAUGGUACACACCCCAUCGACUCAACACGCUUGACGUCGUCAUCUCCAUUUCCUUCAGUAAAUACAAUAUAA